AUCGCAAAUAUAAUUACAAUUCAUCGGAACAUCUCUUCUUACAGUCGAACAAUACUGGCGCUAAUCAGUGAUUUCCUAUACAAGCGAACAAUAGCGGGCAGUGCGUGGAUUCCAAUGGUAAUACUGGUGGCAUUCCUAUUGUCUGCGCCCAUCACUGGUUUCAUAGCCCGAAGGAAUCGCUACACGCGAUCCGUUAUACUUACGGGUUGGACACCAAUUCUGGGCGCUGUUAUCAUUGAACAACCGGGUGGUCUGGUUAUGGAGAAUGCAUUUGACAAAUACGAUGUCAUGUCUACUUUUCAGCCACUAGUCAAUGGAAUUGGGAGUAAUUUAGUGGGAAUCCAAACGAGUCGGUUGUCAACAUUUCUGCACCAAACGUCACCCAAAGGAAAGUUACCCAAAAGUAAUCCGCGCGCAUGUAUUCAACCAUUUGCCACAUUCCUCGGCAGCGAUGUACACUCCAGAAUGGCGCGCCUACUUUUAUUCAUAACUGUGCCUGCUCACUUUCUCUACUUAGUAAUCAUACGAUUCUGGCAAAACAACUUCAUAUUCACGAUCCCAUUCGUGUUGGCCUACAUGGUAGCAGUGGUCUCACAGGUAGCUAUAUUGCUAUACCUGGCUUAUGUGAGUGUGUUGUGGGCCUGGAAGCGACACAUCAAUCCGGACAACUCUGCCAUUCCCUUCACGUCAGCCCUGGCAGAUGUAUUGGGCAAUUGUCUUAUGGCCGCCGCAUUCACUUUCCUCAACGCCAUCAAUGAUCCAAACGCUAUGGUUAACGAAGAAUCGUUCGUACACCAGGGACUGGUAGGUAACCAGUUCGUACACCAGGGACUGGUAGGUCACAAUAGAAUCAUUGGUCGAUCCGGUCAUCUCGUACACGCCGGAGGUUUGGUAGCCGCCCAGCCGGCUCUUCACGUCGGACACGCCAUCCGCACGCAUGCCGUGGCCGCCGCCCCCGCUUUCGCUGUAGCCGCGGCUCCGGCUUUCCGUGUGGCUCACGCGGCACCAGUAGGCCUGGCCGUCGGUGGUUUCGGUCUGGCUCACGGACACCUGGGUCUGGCUCAGGGACACCUGGGUCUGCGAGCAGCCCAUGUGGGACAUGUAGGACACGUCCAAAACAUCGGACCCGUGACGGCCGCCAUCGAGACCCGUCGCACCCAUCAGGUGGUAGACGUGCCCACCAGUCAGGACGUCAUCCAACCCUCCACUCUGAUCGUUGAGCCCAAUAUAUUGCCCGUCAAUAUUGAGUUCCGUUCGCAGUCCAGUCCAGUGAACGUCAAUCAGGUGCACAUCCCGGGCCGUCCGGGCGAACAUCAGGCCACCCGAUCCGAGGAGGAACCCGACCGACUCCUCCACGAAGUCGUCAAACCCGUGAUCCAAGAAGUGCGCGAAACCAUCGUUCCCUUCCGACGCAUCACUCAAGAGAUCCUUCCCGUCCAGGAAGAGGUACAGACCGUUGUGGCCAGAGGUGAGCGCCAACAGGUCAUCGCACAGCCCCAAGUGGUGGCCCAACCCGUGGCCGUCGCCCAACGUGUGGCCGUUGCCGCACCGGUAGCCGUGGCUCAGCCAGCUUUCGCUGUCGCGCAACCCAUAGCCGUGGCUCAGCCCGCCUUUGCCGUCGCCGCCCAACCGGCGCUGGCUAUCUCUCAGCCCAUCCACGGUGUAGUGGCCGGUCGCGUAGGGCUUGCCUCAGCCCCCGCUCUCGCCCACGGAGGUCUCAUCACAACCGGCAUCAGCCGAUUCGGUGGAGUCGUCGCCAACGGAGGACUCAUUAGAGCCACUCGACUGUAA